AUGCUCAGCCGCAGGGCGUACAGUAAAACUAUUAAGCGAUACGCCUUGGCAAGCCAGGCACGUACAAAACUGCUCGGCUGCACUGCUCAAACCAAGAGACCCGAUUUGAAUCUGCGAGUGCUGGUGGGACAUGGCAAUUUGAUGGACAAAGUGAUGGAGACCCUGCACGAAGAUGAAGAGCUGAACGAAAGCGACGAUGAGGACAGAGUCGAGCGGGUGCUCAUGGCCAGCGACGAUGCUUACUUUGGCAGAUGUGAGCCUCACGUGACGUUUUCUUUGCCUUUGAAUCCGGUACACACAGUUUUCGAAUAUGACAGUGACAGUGAUAUUGAAGGUGACACCGAGGAUGAUAUCGAGGAAGAAGACGAUGAGCUGGACGAUUUUGGCGGUGGUAACGAGAACUACGGUGUGGAAAACUACACGUCAGCGUUCACGACACGGGGCCGCAACGCCAACCUUCACAGGCCGGGCCAUUACACACUGGCGCAUGAGGGAGGCAUGACGAAGAUCUCAAAUGGUAACUUGCUGCUGGUUUCAAUUUCGGAGGAGGGGGAGGAAGAGCAUGGAAUGGAAAGUACUACGCCUCGUCGCCUUUCUAAUCAUGCAGCAGUAUGA